AUGGCCAACAACAACGAGGUACGUGAUGACGAUGAAAACAUUGAAAUUGUCACACCCGGAGCCCCCAAGGAAUCCCAAGAUAAGUCGGGCGAGGAGAAGAAAAAGGCUCCAAAUUAUACUGAACCGGAGGACUACGAGUUGUGUCGAGCCUGGGUUCAGGUCUCCGAAGACCCCGCCGUCGGGACAAAUCAAGAGGGGAGUACCUUUUGGCAACGCGUCUGGACAGUCUAUCGUGAAGCAGUACCUUCUCCAAAACGACCAGUAUCCAGCUUAAAGAAACGGUGGAGCAACAAUCUGCAGCCCGCUAUCAACAAAUUCCGUGGUAUUGUUCACCAAGUCGAGGGGUUCAACGAGAGUGGGGCAUCAGUAGAGGAUCAGCUCAACCGAGCCCUUCGGCUGUACACCCAAGACCAGGAGACACACUUCAAGCACCUCAGAUGCUACAAUCUACUUGUUAAGAGUCCGAAAUGGAACUCCUACUGCCGCGAUAGUAAUCAAAAGGAGACCGGGAAGAAAAAGCGAGCCCGAAGUCCUAGUAGCGAAGCACCUCAAUCACAACUUGCGUCCACACUGGCACCAUCCGAUCCCGUCUCUGACUUUGAAGGCACUGGGUCGACUCCAUCAAUGCUAGAGCGACCAAUUGGCAAAAAAAAGGCGAAGAUGAUCAACCAACUUGCUGCCAAAGAUCAAACCUGGAAAGACGAAGUUUCAGCGGCUCACAAACAGAUUGCCCUGGAAUCCAAACGACUAAACGAUAUCUUUGCCCACGAUUCAACCUCCAUCGAUCGCAUCUCGGGGAAUGGGACGACUGCUUCUGAGCUCGCCAUCAUGACUACAGAUCUUACAGGUCUUGAUGACGAGCAGAAGGAAUACUUUCGGCUUAAAAGGGCUUCUAUUCUCCAAUCGCUCCGUAAUCAACAGAACUCCAGUAACAACUAG